GUCCUCUUUUCCUAAAUCUCAACCACCACAACAUCAACUCAACUCACCCAUUUCUUGGAGAAAAAGAAAACAUAAGAAAAUCCACAAAACUUCCAAUAAUCAUCACCGUUUUUUCUUUCACUCUCUACAUUUUUAUUUUUCACAAUCUGUAUUAUGUAUUUUCAGCCCUGCAUUUUUCUGUAAGGAGUAGAAUCGCACAAAAUUAUGAUGGAAAUCAAAGAGAAAGACAAAAUUGUGAUUGCUAAACCAGUUGCAACUAGGCCUAGAUUUUCCAAUUUCACUAAAUUACCCUUCUCUGAAGUUAUUUCGGGCGCCGAUAAUCCUUCUCCACCGGCUGCUUUUGCCGAGACUCCAGUUACAGUCAUUCGGCCAAGAACCGUACGGUUUAGGCCAACGUGCAACUCUAGUUUGGGCGAGGCCGAGCCGUUUGGUUCUGCAGUAGAUUCGAAUCCAUCUGAAGAGGUCCCAAAAUCGAAAUCCAUUGCAAAUGUGGUGUACAAGCCGAUAGCUAAGCUUGUUUCAAAGAAGACUGUUGCACUCUUGGCGAACUUGCUUUGGACACUCAUAGAAAGUGAAAAGCCGACAAUCGCUUACAACAACAACAACAUAGCCUUUAGUCUCAAGCAAGUCGGGGGAGGGAGUGGUAUUAUCCCUACUCAAGCAACUACGGACAUUUGCACUCAAAUUCAACGGCCGCAAAAUGCCGAGCGCCAAAUUAACCGGACAUCAUCACUUGACCUUCCCCUGCAACCGGAGCAAAAUGCAAAUGCCAUAUUACAACAAAAUCCGAAAAGCAACACUAACCGGCCUUCUCAAGAUGGCCACAGCUGGCGAAAAUACGGUCAAAAACAGGUCAAAGGUAGCGAAUACCCACGAAGCUAUUACAAGUGCACGCACCCAAACUGUCCGGUCAAGAAAAAGGUGGAGGAAACGCCCGACGGCCGGAUUUCGGAGGUAGUUUACAAAGGCGAUCACAACCACUCGACGAACCCUCGUGAGAUCAAAAUUAAUCCUUCUUUUCCUAAUGAUGAAUCACUUGGCCAACCGAUGAAUUUUCCCAUUAUUAAUAAUAAUGACCCUUUUGAGGACACGACGUGCAAUAAUAAUAAUAAUAAUAAUUCAAGUGUCGGGACUUCCAAUAGCUCGAUGGGUGUUAGUGUGAGUGUGAGUGUUGAUGAGUGUGAGUCUUUGGAGGCCGAAUGUCGUGAGAUCAUCAAGAGUAAAAGAAUGAGACGAGUUAAUGAUUUACUCAAAGAUAGCUGCAUGAAUGAAGGAGGCUCGUCCGAGCCCACGACUUUUGUUCGGAACAUUAAUAGCGAAGGUGAGACAAUACGAGACGGAUUUCGGUGGAGAAAAUACGGCCAGAAAGUGGUGAAGGGGAAUAUGUACCCAAGGAGCUAUUAUCGAUGCACGAUUCCCAAGUGCAACGUGAAGAAAUACGUGGAGAGGAUAUCAGACAAGCCAGCCAACUUCAUAACGACUUAUGAGGGAAGACACAACCAUGCAAUGCCAACCGAGGCUGCAAAUCCCGAGGCGCGAACGAAGAACAAAAAAUCAUGAUCAAGAAAAAAUGAAAAAUAAAUACGAAAAGCUUCGAGUAAGAGGCCUUUUUUGCAUUAUUUUCUCUUUCGAAUUUUUUUGCUGUUGUUCUUUAGAUAUUUAUUUAGUUCGAAAGUUUUUUCAGUCAACAAACGAACGUUCAAGAGUCGUUCGGAAGCUACAACUCGCACUCUACAUUCAUUCCUAAUAUGUGUAAGAAAAUUGGCCAUUUUUUUUUUUUUAAAUAAUAUGUUUGUUCUGUUCAUUGCCUCCAUUAGCAAAUAAAUAAAAAUGCAUUGAGC